GAGACCGACUGCAUGAGAGCGCGAGGCUUCCCCCCCACUCCGGCUCAAAGGGAAAACGGCUAACGGGGCUGAGGUGGCCGUGGAAAAAACACACCACUUCUUGAUUAAAAACACAGACAACACAUCACCCCACGAGUCCCGUGUGUUGUAACUGAGGACUACCUGACUUGUGGAGCACAAGUCGACUUAAUUUAACGAAAAACUGUUGAUAUAUCACCAGUUAAAGGACAGAAAGAAAAGUGAAAAAGGGACACAUCUGUCCUCCCAUUGUUCCAUCUGAUAUUCUUCAUCUUCAAGUGAAAUGAAUCAGCUGGUGGCCUUGCACAUGUCAGUCACACUCAGUUAAAUGUUAGUGCUACUUGAGCAGACAUUGCUCGGCUGGCCGAAGAGGAAAAAGAAGAAAGGGGCUGUUCCAGGUGCCGGAAGAGAGGUUGAUCACAGAGGCCGUCGAAGAUGUCUCUCUGGAUGAUACUACCUGUUAGUCUCCCAGUUCUGACCAUCACUGGGAUAUGGGUUGUGUAUGCUAUGGCCCUGUACAACCAGCAUGUCUGCCCUGUGGAUAACUGGUUGUACAAUCAGUCCUGUGAAGAGGAGCUUUAUUUGCAGACCGGGCCGACGCUGUGCUGCACACUAGACAAUGUACCUCUCAUCAGUAAAUGUGGGACUCUUCCCCCUGAGAGCUGCUUCUUCAGCCUUAUCUGCAGCACUGGCUCAUUCAUGGUUAUGGUGAUUGUGCUGCUCCGCUAUGCCCACGUCAUUGAGAAGCACCAGAACUGUGUUCUAAACACAGCGAGUCUGUCCACAGGCUGGAUCUGUGCAGCUGGACUCAUCAUGGUGGGAAACUUCCAGGUGGAUAAUGCCAAAGUUCUCCAUUAUAUCGGAGCAGGCGUGGCAUUCCCCACUAGUAUGCUGUUUGUGUGCCUGCAAUCAGCGCUGACUUACCGGCUGGCCAAGACCCAAGGGGAAUACAACGUGGCUCACCUCCGGUUAUUCAUGACCCUGCUGGCCUUCGUAGCCUUGGUGCUCAGUGGUGCUUUUUUUGUCCAGGAGAGCUUCAUCCUGCAACAUGCGUCUGCCAUCUUUGAAUGGGUGUUCUGCGUCAUCAUCAUGCUGUUUUAUGGGACCUUUGCCUUCGAGUUUGCCGGUAUGUCUGGAGACACUAUGGUGGUGCUGGGCAGAGGCGGAGCUCUGGGAAAUGCUAGCAGAGACCACAAGGUGGAUGCACUUGGGCCGCACCCACCGUCACAUCCACUCCAGCCUGAGAACAUGUCCAUACUGUAGCCCACCGUCACAGACGACUCCUUGAACACUUUUGGCUGUUGAAUAAGUUUGAUUAUUCAUUUCCAGCUGCACCUGUCUGAAGCUUUGAAAAGAACCUGGCCAGUACAGCAGCCGUUCAAAGCAGAGCAGAUUCUGCCAUUUUAAAGGGUGUGGAUCUGCUGCAACAGAGGAGAUCUCAACUUUUAUUGUACUUACAUCAGAGCUGAGUGCCUUUAUGUAACUUGUUUGCAUUUUGCACAUUGCACAAGUUAGAAAAACCAAAUUUCCCCCCGCUAAGUCCCACCUAGCUUCAGUGACCAUUUUAUGGUUUGUUUGGUUUUUUUUUAAAUCAGAUGGCGACUAUCUCGUGAGCUGGUCGGUAUCGGCGCACUGCUGUCUGAAAUGAUUGCUGUGCUGCUUUCAGUUUGAUUGAGCUGAAGGAGUGAAUGGCCGCUGGACGGCCGAGCUAACAGUAUUAGAGUGAGACAGAGAGAAAAGCUCAGAGGAAAAAAAAA